AUGGCCUCGUCAUCAGUAAAAUAUCUUGAGGUAAAAGGAUCACUUUGGCCCGCAGAUCGAGAACCAUUUCACGGCGAUAUCAUUCAAGGUCGACUGGGCAACUGUUUUUUUAUUGCGGCAUUACAAGCAAUAGCUUCUUGUCAACCGGGUAUUUUAAAAUCGAUUGUUAAAACACUAUCAACUGAUCACCAAUAUCGAUGUGUUUUCUAUCGACAAGGUGAACUGUGUGAAAUCGACGUUGAUCUUACUAAUGUGCCAAUCGAUAGUCAUACAAACGUACCCAUUUAUUGUCGAUCAACAUCGGAGGGUGUCAUAUGGCCAUAUGUUUUUGAAAAAGCGUAUUCUCAGUUUUACGGAUCAUACGAUAAUUUGCUAGGUGGUAAUACGUCCGAAGCUUUCUACGAUUUAUUAGGCUUACCCGUCGAGGAAUAUGACCUAACAGAUGAAACAUGGGGUAUAAUAUCAAAUUCGCUGAAUAAAAAGGAGGUUUUUGUCACGUGUGGUUCAAUUGACACAUCUGUUCAAGUAUCAACUAUUCGAAGUGGAAUUCGAAUAAACCAUGCGUAUGUAAUACUGGCCACUUCUGUCUUUCAAGCUCAACGCUAUGUAGUGAUUCAUAAUCCUCAAAAUAUCAAAGAUAUUCAAACAGAAAAUACUCGAGUAAAAAAGGCAUUUUUUCAUUCAGGAUCAAAUCGAUUAUGGGAAAAUCAACAAGGUACACAAUUUCUAGCGUGGAAAGAUUUAACAAAAAUAUGUAAUAGAAUUCAGAUUUGUUAUCAUUCAGCAAAUUCAAUUCUUUCCAAACCACUAUAUUCCGAGUGGACGGAAAUCAGUGCAGGAGGAUGUUCAAACUUUCAUUCAUUUUAUCUUAAUCCGUUCAUAUUGUUGCCAUAUGACUUAAAUGGAAAAAGAGUCACUAUUCUUAUUGGACAAAAUGAUCAACGAUGUGAACGGGAUAAUCCACUUAUGAAAUUAAACUAUCCACAACUUGGAAUUACUGUCGUAAAAUUGAAGAAACAAUCGAAUGAAGAUCCAAGAACAUUUAUUCCUACACACGAUCGAUAUGAAGCAAUAAAACAGUCCAAAUUUUGGAAUAAGCGGGAUGUUGCUCUUCACUUUUCAAUGCCAGCGAAUUAUAAUGUGAAUACUACAUCAAUAGCUGUAGUUCUUUCAACUUAUUCGCCACAGCUAAUAACAAAAUUCUGGCUACAAUUAUAUUUGAAUACAAAAAUAAAUACACCAAUUCCGUGUAAUAUUCGCACAAUUUCAACAUGUUAUUCUGAACAACAAAGUUUUAUUGGUGAAUGGAACAAAGCAAAUGCUGGUGGACGAUAUCAAAAAAAUACGUUUCAUUUGAAUCCGUGUUAUCGUAUUUUAGUUGAAAAUGUUCAAGAAUCAUCGUUAUCAACACUUAAUCUAAUUCUUUACCAAAUUCCAAAUGUAAAAAACAAAAAUACACAAAUUACACCCUUACAAAGUCAUCAUCCUAUUGGAUUAUAUAUUUUCUCAUUGAAGGAUACUGUUGAAAUAUUUUCGGAUGCCCAGUUUAUUCGAGCACGUUCCAUCUCAAAAACUGUCCAAAUUCAUACGGGACACGAAUAUUAUGUUGUACCAGCCUGUUUUGACGCUAAUUUACAGGCAUCAUAUGGUCUACACAUUUUAUCAGAUGUUUGUUUAUCAAUUACAAAAAUAGACUCGAUAGGGAAUAUAUUGAAAAAUAGUGUACAAAAAUCACCGCCACCGAUAGUUCUUGAUAAUGCAAAAAGAAAUGUAAAACGACUAGUAUUUGACGAUUACAAUCAAUCUGUUAGUGUUGAAGCAUUAUUAGAUGCCUUUAUUGUGUUGUACGACGAAUGUUGCAAUUCGACAUUGAGACGAGAAAAAACAAUUACCGAAUUUAUUGAUCAUGCCAAAUCAUUUGUUUCGCGUGUUAAAAAGUGUCGUUUAAACCGUGAUGAUUUUGAAACAAUCAAAAUUAUUGGACGUGGAGCAUUCGGAGAAGUUGCUGUUGUACGAACGAAAAAAACUGAUCGUGUUUAUGCAAUGAAAACAUUGAACAAAUGGGAAAUGUUAAAACGAGCUGAUACCGCAUGCUUUAAAGAAGAACGUGAUGUACUCGUUUUUGGGGAUCCACAUUGGUUAACAAAACUUUAUUAUGCAUUUCAAGACAGUGAAAACUUGUAUUUUAUUAUGGACUAUUAUUUUGGUGGUGAUCUAUUAACGUUACUCUCAAAGUUCAAUGAUCAUUUUUCAGAGGAGAUGACACGUUUUUAUGUGGCUGAAAUGGUGUUAGCUAUUGAUUCACUGCAUAAAUUGGGCUAUGUACAUAGAGAUAUUAAACCAGAUAAUAUUCUUCUCGAUGGACAAGGACACAUUCGUUUGGCAGAUUUUGGAUCAUGUUUACGGAUGAGAGCCGAUGGGACAGUUAAAUCAAAUGUCGCUGUUGGAACGCCAGAUUAUAUUAGUCCUGAAAUUUUACGGGCCAUGGAACAGGGACAAGGUCGUUAUGGUGCCGAAUGUGACUGGUGGAGUUUAGGAUGUGCAAUGUGGGAAAUGCUCUUUGGUUUACCGCCAUUUUAUGCUGAAAGUUUAUUAGAAACUUAUGGAAAAAUUAUGAUGCAUGUUCAAAAAGAAUUACCGUUGCCAUUUCCAAGUGAUAUUGACGUAUCUGAUAGUGCUAAAGAUUUGCUGAAAUAUUUAUUAUGUGCAUCAGAACAACGUUUAGGAAAGAAUGGCUUAGAUGAUUUUAAAAAUCAUCCGUUUUUUCAAUCGAUUGUGUGGAAUAAUAUUCGACAAUCAACAGCUCCUUAUAUUCCUGUUGUUAGUAGUCCGAUCGAUACAUCAAAUUUCGAUGUUGAUGAUAUUGAGCCGUCAUCAAAAGAUACCGUGGCACCAGUAUCCCAUGCAGCAUUUACUGGUCAUCAUUUACCGUUCAUUGGUUUUACCUUUUCAUCAAACAAUCGUUUUUCCGAUGGUGCCCAUAAACUGUCGUCGUCGACAUUGUCAAGCGUCAUUCAAGUUCUUCCACCGACUGUCCCAAUCGUUGCCAAAGAUGUAUGUGAUUCUUCGUCUGAUAAUUUAACGUCAACAAUUCAAUCAUACGAAGAAACGAUUGCAUCAUUACAGUGUCAACAAACCAGUUUAUUAGAUGAACUAAAACGUUUACGUGAAGUAUACGAACAAACAAAAUCGGAUACAAUUGAACAAUCUAGACAAACAAAAUUGUUGAAAGACUAUUAUGAAAAUGAAGUUGAUUCUUUGACGAGUCAACAAUGUGAUUAUUAUUUUAAAAUUUUGAAUAUAUUCAAUCAUCUUCGACAAAUUUCUCCAACAUCUGUAUCAUCAUCACAAAACUUGAACGAAUUACAAAUGAAAAUACGCGAACAUUUAACAUAUUUUGAUGAGAAUCAUAAUCAGACAUUGAAUAUUAACCAACAACAAUCGAAUAAUUUUAUAAAUAACGAUACGUCAAAACGAAAAUUAUUAAAUAAUGAUAAAUUAUUUCUCGAUAGUUUACUGAAAUUUGAACUAAAAUUUCAACGAUUAUUUCAAAAUAUGAAUAAAACGAAAAAUGGCAUAGAUGAUGAUCCAUCCAUUGAAGAUGAGAGCGAUGAUGAUUCGGAAGAAUGUGAUGGGGUUGAAAGUGAUGAAGAAUCAGUGAUUAUAGGAAAUGAACAACAAAUUAUUGACGGAACAGAUUUAAGUACAAAAAAAUUGAAUAAAGUGAUGAAAUAUGUAUAUAAAAAAUUGAAACUUUUAUUACGUGAGAAAUAUGAUGCUGAAGAAAAAUUAAAUAUAUUUGAAGAAAAGCAUUCAUCUUAUACAAAAUGGGAAACACAAGUUUACGAUAUAUUGAAAUGGAUAAGUGAAGAAAAAACGGCUCGAACACAUCUCAAGGGGCUUGCGUCGAAAAUGGCAGAAGAAUUAGAUACCAUAAGAGAAACAGGAUGUUUAACAUCACCAUUAACAUCCUCGUCGUCGGCUGGUCAUAACACGUCUUGGAAACAUGGACGAUCGGUAAAAUUAAAACAUAUGGAAAUUCAGCAAUUACAAACAUCCAUACAAAAAGAAAUUGAAGCAAAACAAAAAAUUCAUGAAGAAUUAAAAGAUUGUCAAGCAGAAAAUAUUUUGAAAGUCCAAGAAAAUCAACAAUUACGUCAAGAAAUAGAAAAACUUCAACAUGAUGUAAAUCAUUUCAAACAUUUGUAUGAAAAUUCGAUAGACCAUCGUACUCCAAAUAGUAAUACGACACUUUCGGUUGCUCUACGAUCACCGGGAAGUUUAGAUGCAAGGGAUAAUAUUUCUCCUGAUAUUUUCAUGGAUAACCAGUCGUUUAAUAUUAAUAACACAUCGUUUGAUCGAUUUUUACGCAGCGCUACAACUGGAUUAUCGGAGAGUCGUCACGAUGAGCUGUCAACGAUAAGUGAUGGAGAUAAUGGAGAUAAUGUCGAUGAUAUUGUACAAACAAAUGUACCAGUACAGACAAUGACAUCAAUCUUGAAACCACUAUCACCAUUGAAAAAUGAGUAUCAUGAUUUUCAUAUUGCAAAUUUUCAUGUGACAGUAACAUGUGAUGAAUGUCAAAAUGCAUUGAUUGGAUUGAUUAGACAAGGUUUUGUUUGUCAAAGAUGUAAAUAUAUUUGUCAUCCAGAAUGUAUGGAAAAAAUAACAAUGCCCUGUCGACCAACUCUAAAAGAAAGAAAUCGAUCAACAGUGGCUGAUCAUCAUAUUAUUCGAGUGCCGAAAGCUGGUGGAAUAAAAAAAGGCUGGAUGAAACAUCAGUUACUUAUCUUACAAACAAAACUCUUAUUUUAUGAAUUAUCACCAGAAAAAGAUAAUAAAAUAACAUGGGCACAACCGUCUUUUAUUCUUGAUUUAACAGAUGAAGAAUUUCACGUUUCAACGGUGUCGUCAUCCGAUGCUUUUCAUGCCAAUAAAAAAGAUAUAGCUAGUAUUUUCAAGAUUAGUGUGUUGAAAUUAGUUUCACCAAAACAUCUUUAUCAGACGUUAAUAUUGACAAACAAUGAGACCGAAAAAACACAGUAUAUCAAUAUGCUCUCGAAUUUGUCCGCCAAAGUAAAAGCUAUUAAACAAAAUACUGGAUUCAUUGCCAAAGAAUUUUUUGAUACAUCACGUUGUACCGGAUUAAAAGAAUCACCAGCAGCAGCCAUUUUAGAUUCUGAUCAUGUUUUUGUUUGUGGUGAAGAUGGUCUAUAUUUAAUUAAUAUAGCAAAAGAUUCUUGUCAUAAAUUAAGCGAUAAAAAAGUCUAUCAAAUAUCGAUUGUCAAUGAACUGAAUUUAUUGUUGACAUUGUCUGGAAGACAGCGUACAAUACGUUGUCAACCGUUGAAACAACUCGUUGAACCGUUUCUUCAUCCACAUCAUCCUCAUAAUACUCAUCAACAUCACUAUCAUCAUCAUCAUCAUCAAAUAUCAUCAUUAUCAACAGUAGAAGGUUGUAAAAUACAAGAAACAAAAAACUGUACAACAUUUGCCGUUAGUAAACCGACAACGAAUAAUGGUCAGGCAAUAUUGUGUGUAUCGAUUAAAAAUCGUAUAUUGAUAUAUCAAAUAUUUCAACAACGUCCAUUUCAUAGUCUACUGAAGGAGUUUAACAUAGUACAUCCGGUACAAUAUUUAGAAAUUAAUCAAGAUAAACUGUAUUAUGGUUAUCCAUCUACAUUUGUUAUGCAGAAAAUUAAUACAACAAUUGAUGGUACUAAUAUUUCUCUUCUUCGUGAUGAAGAUCCAACUUUACAAUUUGUUCGUGAUCGUCCCAUCGAAACAUUACGUGUAAUACCCGUUAGUAAUAAUAACAAUACUUCAACUGUCAAUAACAACAUUGAACUUUUACUUGUAUUCCGAGAACUGGGUAUCUACGUAAAUCAAAUGGGUAUUCGUACUCGUCAUCGUGAGCUAAUGUGGUCAACAGCUCCCGUUAGUACAGCAUAUAAAGAACCCUUUUUAAUGAUAUUCACCGAUCGUUCAAUUGAUAUCUAUGAUGUUCCAUCAGCUACUUGGGUACAAACCAUUCCUUUACAACGAACUAAACCAUUGACAAAUGAUGGUUCAAUUUUGAUAACGAAUGAUCCAGAUAUUAAAAAUGACGCAGCAAAAUUGCUCUAUUUUGUUCAACGUUCACAUCUUCACUCGUCGCCAUCAUCAAAAAUUUCCACCACAAUUAUUCUGAAUGUACCAGAUAAAUCAAAAAGUAUUAGUAAUUCCACAAAACGUUUUCGUGUACCGUCAAGAUUGCUAAGUGAUCAAUCAUCGAACAUUCAUCAACGUUUAAACGCACCACAAAUAUCCCAAAUAACAACGUCAAUGAUUACAAGUGGAAAUGAUGGUGGUAGUCAAGAAAAUGUAAAAUCACUUAUUUCUGGUCCAAAAGAUUUUACACAUAUAUCUCAUUUGGGAAAAGGUGAAGGUUUACAAAUCAUAUCUGGUCUCAAACAAAUUUCACCAUCAAAUACGUUGAUAAAUAGUAGUCAAUCUAAUUCAUUAAAUUCAUCUUACGGUGGAAGUGGUAACACACUGAAUACACAACAACAAAAUUUAUUUGCAUCAAAUGGAUCAGUAUCAUUGAACCAUCGUCGAUCAGUAAUAUCGGGACCAGUUAAUUUUGUACAUUUAACACAUAUCGGGCCAAGUGAUAUUACCACAUUUUCAUCAGAUCUAUCAACAACAAAUACGUCAACCAGUAAAGCAAUUAUAUCUGCUCCAAUGAAUUUUCGACAUCAAGUACAUAUUGGACCAUCGACAUCAAAUGAUGAAACAAGAAAAGAACAACAAACAAAUAGUAAUAUAAUGAAACAAUAUGCUGUGGGAAGUGGAGGAAAUACUUCAACAUUAUCGUCUCGAUCAAUUUCAUUACAAGACGAUGAGGAAGAUGACGAAGAGGAAGUCGAUGAAAACAAUGAGAACAGUAGUAUAAAAGAAAAUCGAUUUAUAUUGAAUAACAGCAACGAUGAGAAUGGUAAAAAUAGAAAAAACCAAAGUUAUUCGUAA